GGAUUUUGAAGAUCACUCUCUCCAUUUUCUUCAGAUUUAUAUAUAUAUAUUUUUUUGUUAUAUUUAUAUACACACAUACAUACAAGGGGGAAAGAUAGAUAAAGAGGAUUGAUAAGAAGAGGAGGAAGAAGAAGAAGACGAAGAAGAAGAGGGUUUCGUUAUCCGAAAGUGAAUAUGUGUGGAGAAAAUAGAGUUAUCAAGAGGAGGAAAGGCUCUUCCGCCGCCGCCGCCGACGGCGGCAGCGGCGGCGGAGAGCCGCGGACGGCUAGUCGGAAAAGAUCUAAAGUUUCGCCGGAGAGACGUGACUUGUUCGAUUCCUUGCCGGAUGAUAUCGUCCUGUCUAUUCUGUCUAAACUCAGUUCCUCAGCUGAAUGUCCUGCGGAUUUCAUUAACGUUUUGAUCACAUGCAAACGGCUAAAUGGAUUAGGUGUCCAGUCUAUAGUGUUAUCAAAAGCUUCACAGAAAAUGUUAGCCGUUAAAGCUCAGAACUGGUCCGAGUCGGCUCACCGAUUCCUCAAGCUUUGUGCCGAUGCCGGAAAUGUUGAAGCUUCUUACAUUCUCGGCAUGAUUCGAUUUUACUGUUUGGAAAAUCGAGGCAGCGGAGCGUCACUUAUGGCGAAGGCCGCGAUUAACUCGCACGCGCCGGCGCUUUACUCGCUUGCGGUUAUCCAGUUUAAUGGAAGUGGGGGUUCCAAAAACGACAAGGACCUUCGAGCCGGCGUGGCGCUGUGCGCGCGAGCCGCGUUCCUGGGCCACAUAGACGCGCUGCGUGAGCUGGGCCACUGUCUCCAAGACGGCUACGGCGUGAAGCGGAACAUAGCCGAGGGGCGGCGGUUUCUCGUCCAAGCCAACGCGCGCGAGCUAGCCAACGUGCUCGCCACCACGCCGUCGGCUCUCCUCAACGGCUCGUGGCUGAGCUGGAACCCGCUCCCCCACCACCGCAACGCGGCCGGGACGAGCUGUCCGUUGCUCAGUGAUUUCGGGUGUAACGUUCCGGCGCCGGAGCCUCACCCGGCGAAUAAGUUCCUGUCCGAUUGGUACGCCACGGCGGAUGGAGUCCCCGGCCCGGGGCUCCGACUCUGCUGCCACGUCGGCUGCGGAAGACCCGAGUCCCGCCGCCACGAGUUCCGCCGGUGCUCCGUCUGCGGCGCCGUGAACUACUGCUCCCGCGCUUGCCAGGCGAUGGAUUGGCGGUCGCGCCACAAGUCGGAGUGCGUCCCCGCGGAGAGGUGGGGCGACGACGACGGUGAAAAUGUCGCCGCCGCCGCGGCGGAGCCGCCGGUUAACGGUAACGGCAACGGAGAAGCUAACGACUUCGAGAUUGAGAACGAGAUGGCGGUCAGUUAACGGUGACGGUAACGUGGGAAGGACUUCAAUGCAAAUAGACACCAGAUUUUGGGAAACAAAAUUCAGUUAAUAGAUUUUCACGGUCAACAUUUUGUUUUGUACAUAGGAAGCAGAAUGAAAGUAAGUUUUUUUUUUUUUUCUUUAAAAAAAAAUUAGCUCGAUAACCUUAAAUUUCAGAAAAUCAAGAAAACGAAAUAGAUUUCUUUAGAAUUAAUUCUUGUUGCGCAUACGAUAUGAUGAUGCCUUGCCUUUGAGUUAUCAUUCGAAAUAGGUGAAUCUUCUUUAUGUU